UGAGCGGUGGCAACGUCGGCGUCUGUGUCUUCGUUUACCCCUGCAAAGUGUUAAUCAUUUUGUAUUUUGCAGUUUUUAGUUUUAUGAUGCGUUAGUCGAGUUCGUCACAUUAGUUGAGUGCCGGACGUUCCAGCGACAGCCUCGAGCAGCACAAGCACAAGCAGCAGCAGCAGAAGCAGAAUAAGAAGAGGCAGCAACAUGGCAAACAAAAGCCCGCAGCACAUUUUGAAGCUCAGCGCUGAGCAGCGACGCCGCUUUGUUGACUCCUUUGAUCGGGUGUACAGUGACAUAGACGGCGUUAUCUAUACCCUGGAAGUGAAUGUGCCCAAUGCCGACCAGGCCUACGCGGCCCUGGAGCGCGCUGGCAAGCAGCUAACAUUUGUGACAAAUAACAGCGUACGCACUGUUAACCAAACUGUUAAGCGUUUUGCCAAGGCCAACAUGCAGGUGGAACCGCAGCAGAUCUGGCAUCCGGCUCAGACAAUGGUCUACUAUUUGCAAAGCAUCAAAUUCGAGGGUCUUAUCUACAUCAUGGCCUCGCCUCCGUUCAAGAAGGUGCUGCGCGAGGCGGGCUACCAGCUUAUCGAUGGCCCCAACCAGUUCAUUGACGACACCUAUGAGGAUUUGGCACGCAAUAUUUUUGACAAGCAGCCGGUGCGCGCUGUCGUCAUCGAUGUGGACUUCAAUUUGACCUCGCCCAAAAUGUUGCGCGCCCAUCUCUAUUUGCGUCAUCCCGAUUGCCUGCUGCUCGGCGGGGCCACAGACCGUUUGUUGCCCGUGGCAAAGGGUGUCAAUAUCAUUGGACCCGGCGCCUUUGCCUCCAUUCUGAUUGAGGCCAGCGGCAAGCAGGCAACGGUUCUGGGCAAACCGGGCCGCGCACUGGGCGAUAUGCUGAUCCAGCAGCACAAUGUUACCGUGCCUAGUCGUGUGCUCAUGAUCGGCGAUAUGCUUGCCCAGGAUGUGCGUUUUGGUCGUAUGUGCGGAUUCCAAACGCUGCUCGUUCUCACCGGCGGCUGUACGCUUGACCAGCUUCAGGCGGAGACCUGUCCCGAUCAUCUGCCCGACUACUAUGCCGACAGCGUGGCCGACUUUAUUCAAUUGCUUGCCGACAUUGCGCCCAAGGCGCAUGUCUAACGCCCACUACACUAACCAUAAGCAUUCGGGUUUGGGGCACGUAUUCGUAUCUGUAAACGGUUAAGGGUUAAUGUGUGCUACACAUCAAAAAUCUAUAUGUAUAAGUAGGUAGACUCGGAACGUAACCACCAUUGUGGUCUAUGUAACUAUUGCAUUCUAGUCCUGAGACCAGUCUGUGAGUCGUACCAAUAAGAAUUCUGUUUAAAAUUGAGAAAUGAAAAUAUCGUAAGAGUAAUUCCAACUAAAAAUAACUGCAAUAAUACUCCAAGAUUGAGCAAGAAAUUGUCGCGAACCGAACCAAUUUUGAUUGCGGUUCACCGCAAACAAAAUAUUGGAUUGGAUUGAGUCUUGCUUUAUAGAAAUUAUUUGUUAUAGCUAAGUAAAAUCGUUGAAUGUUUGCUCCUCCCUCCAAUCGCUGUUUACCUACAAUUCAUUUGUUUAUUAUUUACAUUAUUUGUUAUUGAUUAACAAAUUGGCAAAUUGAGGAUUCUGGAAAAUGAAUUGCUUUUUUGUUUAUAGACAAGUAACGUUUUUUUCACGCAUACGCGAAUAAAUGUUUAUCUUAUAAGAACGAUUUCUAUAUAUAUAUAUAUAUAUAUGUAUAUAAGCAAUAUGCACUUUAUUGGCUUCAACGGAUCUACUCGAGCUAUCUAUGUUUAAGACAAUACAGUAUAUAUUGAUGCCUA